CGUCGUCAGUUGGUCAUCACAUGCUCGGCUAUUUAGACACACAAUACGUUUAAAUAAUUUUUAUUGCGAAAAGAUAUAAGAAAAUUAUUAUUAAUCCGAUACAAUUUUUUUCGAAAUCGAUAACCCACCUAUUGCUUUUACAGAAAUAUCUAUAACGGAUCAAAAAGCGCAUAUAUAUGCACCAUACAAUAGCAUAAAGUCUUUACCCGGUUUACGAAAAUAUAAAGGCUUUUCGAGGUGUCUUUAAUAUCGCUUUAUUAAAAUCUCUCCCGGUACUUUUUUCCCUUAACCAAAACGAACAGCGGUACCGUGUGACCGUCAGUUAUAGCUGUGAAGAGUUGUGUGAGUGUUUCGUUUUUGUGUGGCUUGAAUUUCCACAAAACGGUUCUCAAUUUAACUUAACUUAACUAAGAACGAAAUAGAAGUAUAAAUUCCCUACGAACUAUACACUCUCCUCUCAAAUUUCUCGUCACCUCUGGCUUUUAUCGUAAUUGCAAGAGCAUAACCAAAACCAACCACCGCGCUACCACCACUGCCAACACCACCAUCCGCGUCCCCUAAGCGACAACAAUAUUGGCAUAUUUCCUUUUCCGCUAUAAUAACGUUAGUUUUGUGCUGUUUAAAAGCCUUUUCCGCGUGAUUAUAAGCAGUCCCGAAUUAGGUCUUGUCGUCGUUGUCUCUCAAAGUGCUCCGGUAGUUCUUUUCUUCUGCGUGUGUUUUUUCUGUGAGUUUUAUUUUCUCUUUCAAAAGUGUGUAAGGUUCGUUCAAAAACUCUUUCCUGUUUUCGACUUGGUUAUUGUUUUUCAAUUUAUUUUACAAUACCCUUAUAAAAUUGUAAGCAGAAAAUAAAUUUUCGAUUGUUAAGUUAAUCGCGCACAUGGCAUAAAAUCUCUGCAAAAAUAAAAAUAAAUAAAAUCCCCAACCUUACUUAACUCACCUUGACUGCCUUGAACACAGUUUGUGCAUUUAGGAAGAUUCUAAAUAAAAUAAUUUUAACAAAUAAUACAAAAACAAAAAACUUAAUUACACUACACUUUUACCUAUUUUUGUCGCGUGGUUGUUUUUCGUUUUGUCGCCCUGUAAAGCUGUCGUCUUCGUAGUCGUUGUCUUCGUUUACCCAGCAGCGCCACCCUAUACCCCAAUCUCACAACAUCGCCAUCGCAAUCGCAUACCCGGCAAAGUGGCCACAACAUCAGUCUUUAUUUCUGCGUAAAUUGAUAUAAACAAUUGGACUCUAUCUAUAAUUAUCUUAAAAGGUGGAAAAGUUAAAUUUAAAUAAACUCAAUAAAUAAAAAUUGUUGUUGGUUGAAGACGGAAAACAACAAAACCAAAAACAACAACAAAACUAUACAGAAAAUAAAUUUGAAUACCCCUUAAAUAUUACAUCAUUAUCGCAGACUAUAAAAUUCUCACUCUGCAAAACAAUUAGCAAAGUGCUUCUAUUUUACUGAUUGAGUGAGAAAAAUAGAAAAAAGCAAUACAAUUUUAUAAAAGCUUUCUGGCUACGAUCACACUAAAAUAAUUGUUGUUUAUACGCAAACAUGAUGAAUAACAAACCAAAAGGAAAGCAACUGCAACAGCAACCACAACAGGAGACUCAGUCGAAACCACAAACCAAAAAGGCUUCCAAAACUCAAAGGACACAACCACCAGCCCAACCUUCGGCAUCGGAUUCCCCCGACAUCAAAAAGUCUACAUCUUCCAUCCCGUACAAUAAUAACAACAAACCCAAGAACACUGUUACCGUCCCAGAGGCAAAUCGAAACACUUCCGGUCAAAAAAAUGACAACAGUGUUUCUAAUCUUAGCGCUUCUUUAAAACGUCUCAACUACAACAAUAAAAAAGCUUCCAAAGCUUCCGGAUCACACCAGAAUUCCUCAAACAAGCGAAAUCAUCAUCCUUCCUCGGGAACAUCUCGCAUGAAGUCUCGUGACGAAGAUCAUAAGAACGACCCGAUGGGCCAUAAGAAAAAUCAGUUCGGAAAAAUGAGACUUACUGAGUUUCUAAAUAUUGAUCAGGGCAAUACAACGAAAAGUGGAACUUCUAAGAAAACAUCAACAACAACUUCGAGUUCUUCCUCCCCAUCAUCAUCAUCAGCAUCAUCGUCCUCGAGCUCCCUUUGUGCAAAAUGUUCAACUCCAGCGGGUUAUACAAAUUACAGUUUGAUCGAUCCUAUGAUCUUUACAGGAAAACAAUUCCAGAAAAAGAAUUCAAGAUAUGGUAAGGGAUCCUCCAGCAACAACAACAACAAUAAUCAACGCAACGAACCCCGAAACGUGAUGAUGAAUAGUACCUUUGUUCCAAUUGCACAACCAAAGGUACCUAUUUUGUCUUCGUCCAAUAUUGCAGCCGUGAUUGCAGAUACGGAUCGGUUUACUAUUUUUGAGAAAACUGGCAAAUUAAGGACUUCGUAUCCCAUAAUGCAGUGCGGGACAUUAGGAGCACCCGAUUCGUAUCACCACCAGAGAUCAACCAGAAUGGACGCUUUCCAAAUUGAUGAUGGUUUCCAUUCAGAUGGUGGAACAGAAACACCACCACCAAGUCCCAGUUCGGGAAGCUCAAUUGCAUCGACAUCAGAUCAUGGUUCACUUGAGAGUGUCGAUACUGGAGGAGCUCAACGUUUGGCUGUAUUGUCAUUUGAACAAGUUCGCAAACUACAUGACGUCAUGGACGAAACAGUUGCCAUACACGGCCGUGGAAAUUUUCCCACACUUGAGGUUAAACUAAAAGACUUAGUCAACUCCGUACGCCGGAAGCUCGAAACAGAUGUAGCAGCUGGUGGAGCCGGAGUCAUAGUCAAGGACAUACGCUUGAAUGGUGGAGCAGCUAGUCAUGUCUUAGCAUCCGAAGAUCAGCCAUACAACGAUUUGGAUCUUAUUUAUGCCAUUGAAUUCAGUUCAAACCGUCAUUUUGAUCGAGUAAAGACAGCAGUUCUCAACACACUGCUUGAUCUCUUGCCAGAAGGUGUGUCCAAACGUCGCAUCAUGCCAUGCGCCUUGAAGGAGGCUUAUGUUGGUAAAAUGGUCAAAGUUAAUAAUAAUAACGAUGGUGAUCGAUGGAGUUUGAUCUCCUUGGGCAAUUCCCCUGGACAUAAAAAUGUCGAACUCAAAUUUGUCGACACAAUGCGCCGUCAAUUUGAAUUCAGUGUUGAUUCCUUCCAAAUUGUUUUGGACUCGCUUCUAUUAUUCUAUGACUGUGCUGCUUUGCCAAUAUCCGAGAACUUCUAUCCGACGGUUGUUGGAGAGUCGGUAUACGGUGACUUCCAAGAGGCUUUGUAUCACUUGCAAAAGAAACUGAUCUCAACACGACAGCCUGAGGAAAUCCGCGGUGGCGGACUCCUUAAGUACUGCAACUUGUUGGUCCGAAAUUAUAAACCGGUCGAUGCACAACGAAUCAAGACACUCGAGCGAUAUAUGUGUUCGAGAUUUUUCAUUGAUUUCCCCGAUAUAGGCACACAGACCGUUAAAUUAGAGGCAUAUCUGAGAAAUCAUUUCUGGGGCAUCGUCGAAGAGCCCCUACAAUAUCAGUACCUGAUGCAUUUACGUGAAGUAGUUGAGACAUCAACCGUGUGCCUAAUGGGCCACGAGAGACGGCAGACUUUACUGCUAAUACAGUCGUUAGCAAUGCAAGUGCUCUGCCGGGAAUCACAAAAACAUCAUAAUGCACAAGUAUAUGAGCAAUACCAGCAACACCACCAUCAACAACAACAAGCGCAACACCAGCAGCAUCAGCAGCAACAACAAUUAACACAGGCAAUUGUUGUUGACUUACAAGCCCAACAAAAUGCAUCAACAAGCCAACACGUCUUGGUCCAACAGUCUCCACAGUCAAAUCAAGCAUCCACUUCUUGCUGUAUUAGCCAGACCCAAGACGGUCAACAGCAACAGGUGCUGACCGUUACACAACAACAGACUUCAGCGACUAUACCUCAGACGAUACAAAUCCAAGCCGGUCCACCUGGCCUCAUCUACGCCAAUGGAGUUUACUACGCACCUGUGAUCCCAGCAACAAUCUGCACAUGCAACUCAACCUGGUUAAGCACGUGAUUAUCACUGCUUCCAUCAGCUGCAUCAUCAUUACAGUCAUCAACGUCAUCAUCAAUAUCAACUUCAUCAACAACGCCAUCUACAUCAUCCGCAUCAUCUACAUUAGCACCAUCAACAGCGCCAUCUUCAUUAAUUUCAUGUCAAUCAUCUUUUCCGUCAAUUUCAGAAAAUAUUUCAGCGAAAGCUUGCUCUUACGCAACACUUCCCUGUCUGAGCUGUGACUGCAACUGCAACGAGGAGUUACUUCUUCCUUACUACAUUUGGCCAAAUACAACCACAAUACCGAUCGACAUCCCUGCAGACUACCAACAUAAAGGUACUACUUAUUACUCCUCUUCAUCUCCUACAACGACGACAGUAGUUCAAAGCCUCUGUGCAACUUCUGAGACUCAAUCUUCUACCCAAGCUUCAUGUAGGUGAUCAUCGACACCUAUACCUACACCUACUCCUACGCCACCCACAAAAAUAGCGGAAUAAACAAAAAUAUGCACCCUCAUAUUAUAUAUAUAUAAAUAUUUAACGCAUCAAUCAUGAUGUUUAUCAAACAAACAACAAAACAAACAAAACAAAAAAACAUAAAAACUUUAAAACCUAAAAAAAAAACUAUUUUAUUGUGAGAUCCUAUUAAAUUUAUACAUAAAUAUAAAAAGAUAAGUCUUUAACUAACUGAAAAAUAAAACAACAACAAAAAUAAAAA